AACGACUUCGUGCGCGUCGACGAGGCGCGCGCGGCGGCGACGAGCCGGCGGCUGGAUGCGGGCGCGCGCAAAGACGCGCCGCUCUUCGGCGUGCCCUUCGCCGCGAAGGCCAACCUCUGCGUCGCCGGCGAGACGCCGACGGCGGGGAGCGCGGCCGUCGGCGGCUGGGUCGCGCGCGCCGACGCGACGGCCGUGGCGAGGCUCGCGGACGCGGGCGCCGUGCUCGUGGGAUCGACGAACUGCGACGAGUUCGGCAUGGGCAGCACGGGCGAGGCCUCGGCCCACGGCGCGACGUUGAACCCCCGCGACGCCGCGGCGUCGCCCGGCGGGUCGAGCAGCGGGAGCGCCGCGGCCGUCGCCGCGGGUUCCGUGCCCUUCGCGCUCGGCAGCGACACGGGCGGCAGCGUGCGCCUGCCGGCGAGCUGGUGCGGCGUCGUCGGGCUCAAGCCCAGCUACGGCCGCGUGUCGCGCCACGGGCUCCUGGCCUACUGCUCCUCGACGGACUGCGUCGGCGCGACGUCCGUCGGCGACGCCGCGGCGGUGCUGCGCGUCAUCGCGGGCGCCGACGGCCUCGACGCGACCUGCGUCGACGCGCCCGUCGAGGACUACGCGGGCCUGCUGGCGGCGCCGUCGAACUUUCGCGUCGCGGCCGUCGCCGAGGCGUCGGACCUCGCGGACGCGGACGCGGCCGCGGCGGCCGCGGCCGCGGCCGCGGCCCUCGGCGCCGACGUCGUGUCUCUGCCCUGGCUGCGCGACGCCUGCGCGGCCUACUACGUGCUGUCGGCGUCCGAGGCCUUCGGGAACCUGUCGCGCUACGCCCACGUGGACCGGCCGCGCACGGCCGAGGCCUGGCGGCGCGUCGACCACGCGUCCGCGCCCUUCGGCGCCGAGGUGCUCCGGCGCCUGCGGCUCGGCGCGCACUUCCUGGGCGACCGCCACGCCGACGGCCUCUACGGGCGCGCCGAGGCCGUGCGCGACGCCGUGCGGCGCGACCUCGCGUCCGUGUUCCGCGACUACGACGCGCUCGUGCUGCCCGUGGCGCCGACGGCGGCGCCGGCCGCCGGCGCGGCGCGCGGCGCGCCGUCGCGCGCGCCGCGGCCGCCGGCGGGCUCGCUGCUCGCGGCCGUCGAGGGCGACCUGCCCGACGGCUGGGCCCACGACCAGCUCACGUGCUUCGCGUCCCUCGCCGGCGCGCCGGCGCUGUCGCUGCCCUUUGGGGCGUCGCGCGCGGGGCUGCCCGUCGGCGUCCAGGUCGUCGCGCGGCCCCUCGGCGACGCGACGGCGCUGCGCGUCGCG